GCGCCGCCGCGCCUCAGGACCGGCGGCCGCGCGGCGCAUCUGCGGGCGGCGGCGGCGGCGGCGGCGCGGGCGGCGCGGCGCCGGCAGGCGGGCGCAAGAUGAUGAAGUUUCGGUUCCGGCGGCAGGGCGCCGACCCGCAGCGCGAGAAGCUCAAGCAGGAGCUUUUCGCCUUCAACAAGACGGUGGAGCAUGGCUUUCCCAAUCAGCCCAGCGCCCUGGCCUUCGACCCUGAACUUCGCAUCAUGGCCAUUGGCACCAGGUCUGGGGCUGUCAAGAUCUAUGGUGCACCUGGCGUGGAGUUCACAGGCCUGCACCGGGAUGCAGCCACCGUCACACAGAUGCACUUCUUGCCUGGCCAGGGCCGCCUCCUGACCCUGCUUGAUGACAGCAGCCUGCAUCUCUGGGAGAUUGUCCACCAUAAUGGCUGUGCCCACCUGGAAGAGGCACUCAGCUUCCAGCUGCCCAGCCGGCCCGGCUUUGAUGGUGCCAGCGCUCCGCUCAGCCUUAUCCGAGUCACAGUGGUCCUGCUGGUGGCUGCUGGCGACAUAGCAGCCCUGGGCACUGAGGGCAGCAGUGUCUUCUUCCUGGAUGUUACCACCCUGACCCUGCUCGAGGGGCAGACGCUUGCCCCAGGCGAGGUUCUGCGCAGCGUGCCAGAUGACUACCGCUGUGGGAAGGCGCUGGGCCCCGUGGAGUCACUCCAGGGACACCUGCAGGACCCCACGAAGAUUCUCAUUGGCUACAGCCGGGGCCUGCUGGUCAUCUGGAACCAGGCCUCACAGUGUGUGGACCACGUCUUCCUGGGGAACCAGCAGCUGGAGAGCCUAUGCUGGGGGCGUGAUAGCAGCACUGUGGUCAGCUCACACAGUGAUGGCAGCUACGCUGUCUGGUCUGUGGAUGCCGGCAGCUCCCCAACGCUGCAGCCCACGGUAGCCACCACACCUUACGGCCCCUUUCCCUGCAAGGCCAUUAACAAGAUUCUGUGGCGGACCUGUGAGUCUGGGGGCCACUUUAUCAUCUUCAGUGGUGGCAUGCCCCGUGCCAGCUAUGGUGACCGCCACUGUGUAAGUGUGCUUCGAGCCGAGACAUUGGUGACGCUGGACUUCACCUCCCGCAUCAUCGACUUCUUCACAGUGCACAGCACGCGGCCUGGGGAUGAAUUUGAUGACCCCCAGGCCCUGGCUGUGCUGCUGGAAGAGGAGCUGGUGGUGCUGGACCUGCAGACUCCUGGCUGGCCAGCUGUGCCUGCCCCAUACCUGGCCCCGCUGCACUCAUCUGCAAUCACUUGCUCGGCCCACGUGGCCAAUGUGCCCACCAAGCUGUGGGCCCGCAUUGUGAGCGCUGGCGAGCAGCAGAGCCCCCAGCCUGUCUCCAGUGCCUUGAGCUGGCCCAUCACUGGGGGCCGAAACCUGGCCCAGGAGCCAUCGCAGCGAGGGUUGCUGCUGACCGGCCAUGAGGAUGGCACUGUGAGGUUCUGGGAUGCCUCGGGUGUGGCGCUGCGGCCGCUCUAUAAGCUGAGCACAGCUGGCCUCUUCCAGACGGACUGUGAGCAUGCUGACAGCCUGGCCCAGGCUGCCGAGGACGACUGGCCACCCUUCCGCAAGGUGGGCUGCUUCGAUCCCUACAGUGACGAUCCCCGGCUUGGCGUGCAGAAGGUUGCUCUCUGCAAGUAUACAGCCCAGAUGGUGGUGGCUGGCACUGCAGGCCAGGUGCUGGUACUGGAGCUCAGUGAUGUGCCGGUGGAGCAGGCGGUCAGCGUGGCCAUCAUAGACCUCCUCCAGGACCGCGAGGGCUUCACGUGGAAGGGCCACGAGCGGCUGAGCCCACGCACGGGGCCGCUGCCCUGGCCUGCUGGCUUCCAGCCCCGUGUCCUGGUGCAGUGCCUGCCGCCAGCUGCUGUCACCGCUGUCACACUCCACACCGAGUGGAGCCUCGUGGCCUUUGGCACCAGUCAUGGCUUUGGCCUCUUCGACUACCAGCGCAAGAGCCCUGUGCUGGCCAGGUGCACUCUUCACCCCAAUGACUCCCUGGCCAUGGAGGGGCCGCUCUCCCGGGUGAAGUCUCUGAAGAAGUCGCUGCGCCAGUCUUUCCGGCGCAUUCGCAAGAGCCGUGUCUCGGGCAAGAAGCGGGCUGCUAAUGCCAGCAGCAAGUUGCAGGAAGCCAAUGCACAGCUGGCCGAGCAGGCCUGCCCCCAUGACGUGGAGAUGACGCCCGUGCAGCGCCGCAUUGAGCCCCGCUCUGCCGAUGACUCCCUGUCAGGCGUCGUGCGUUGCCUAUACUUUGCCGACACAUUCCUUCGAGAUGGGGCCCACCACGGGCCCACCAUGUGGGCUGGCACCAACUCAGGCUCCGUGUUCGCCUAUGCGCUGGAGGUGCCGGCAGCAGCAGUGGGUGGUGAGAAGCGGCCUGAGCAAGCGGUGGAGGCCGUGCUAGGCAAGGAGGUGCAGCUGAUGCACCGGGCGCCUGUGGUGGCCAUUGCCGUGUUGGACGGGCGUGGCCGCCCACUGCCCGAGCCCUACGAGGCCUCACGGGACCUGGCGCAGGCACCUGACAUGCAGGGUGGUCACGCUGUGCUCAUCGCAUCUGAGGAGCAGUUCAAGGUGUUCACACUGCCCAAGGUGAGCGCGAAGACCAAGUUCAAGCUGACGGCCCAUGAGGGCUGUCGUGUGCGCAAGGUGGCGCUGGCCACGUUUGCCAGUGUGGCCUGCGAGGACUAUGCUGAGACCUGCCUGGCCUGCCUCACCAACCUGGGUGACGUCCACGUCUUCUCGGUGCCUGGCCUGCGGCCCCAGGUGCACUAUUCCUGCAUCCGGAAGGAGGACAUCAGCGGCAUCGCUUCGUGUGUCUUCACGCGCCAUGGCCAGGGCUUUUACCUGAUAUCCCCAUCAGAAUUUGAACGCUUCUCCCUAAGUGCCCGGAACAUCACAGAGCCACUCUGCUCUCUGGACAUUAACUGGCCCCGCGAUGCCACCCAGGCCAGUUACAGGCUCCGAGAGUCACCCAAGCUGAGCCAGGCUAACGGGACCCCAAGCAUCCUUCUGGCCCCACAGAGCCUUGAUGGAAGCCCUGAUCCAGCCCACAGCAAGGGACCUGGCCCCCAGGUGCAGAGGGUGCUAACGGUCCUGGUAAGGGCUGAUCACUUGCUCCCUGCAGACACCCCAGAGCCACCCGAGGCUGCACUCUCACCCAUGUCCAUCGAUUCAGCCACCAGUGCUGACACCACGCUGGACACGACAGGGGACGUCACAGUGGAAGAUGUGAAGGAUUUUCUGGGCUCCUCUGAGGAGUCGGAGAGGAACCUGAGGAACCUGGCAGAAGAUGAGGCCCAUGCCUGUGCCAUCCUGAUCAAAUGAGGAAGGCCAGAACUAUCCCGACCUCCACCUGCCCUGCUCGGAGCUGGAGUGCUGGAUCCCUGGCACCUGCCUGGCCCCUUAACAUAGACCCACGCCUGCUAACCUGUAGGCUUCACUGGGACCUGCUGUCCUGUCCUGCCUGACCCUGGGCCCUGGAGCAGCACCAGCCCCAGGGUGUGGGCCUGGGACUUGGGCCAGAACUGAGCCCUCCUGCAGGCAUCUGGCUGCCCUGGGGGCCCACUGCCUAGGGAAGAGGACAGGUGGGGCCCAGCACCUUGUGCCACCUCCCGCUCCACACACCGUCCUUCCCCCUCACUUUGCAAAGAGUAUUUUUCUAGCGCCUGGGCUGGACGGUUGUUUCUAAAACUAUUUUGGUACCUGCUCCUGGGCCAGUCCCCAGCCUGUCAUGAGUGUGUGUGUCUGAGUGUGGAUGUGACUGGGAGCUCUGCUGGGCAUCCACAGCUGGGGCCUAGUCAGGUGUGUGUGUUGGGGGGGGUGGGGGGGGCCCAAGAUGAGUUUCCCUGUAGAUUGUACCUUGGGGUUUUUUUCUGUUAUUUUGUUAAAAUUAGCGCCAUUUUAAUAUUAAAAAUACUGAUUUUUAAUAUUGAAAAUAAAAGCAUUUAAUAUCUCUUAAAGGGCAGCCACAUCUGCUUUAUCCCUGG